CAGUAUGGAUUUUCCUGCAGUCAGUUGCAGAGCUCUUAACUGGCAGUCACUGCAAACCUUUCCCCAAAACCUUUUGGAUGCUGUUUUAAACUUUCUUAGGAGGAAUACUUGCAAAGAUGAGGACUGUUUGGUUCAUGAUUUUGGGAGCUUUGAUAAUUGGUGUUCAGUCUGCUGAGGGGCUGAGGAGGAGGAAGAGAGAUUGGGUCAUCCCACCCUUAAAUAUUCCUGAAAACAGUAAUGGGCCCUUUCCACAAAAAAUUGCUCAAGUUCGAGCCAGUAAAGAUCAGUCAAAGACGUUGUCCUACAGCAUCACCGGUCCUGGAGCUGAUCAGGAUCCUCUCCACAUCUUUAUAGUGCAGAAGGACACUGGUGAUCUGUAUGUCACCCAACGCCUCGACAGAGAGAAACAAGACUUCUACAAAUUGCUGAUUCAUGCUGUGGUUGAGGAUGGAUCAGCUGCAGAGGAACCCAUAGAGAUUGUCAUCAAUGUAAUCGACAUAAACGACAACAAGCCUGUUUUUACUGAAGACAUCUUUGCUGGAGAAGUUUUUGAGUCCUCACCAAUAGGUACUGAAGUGAUUCAGGUUAAUGCCACAGAUCUUGACGAACCUGGUUCUGACAACUCAAUCAUCAAAUACAGUAUCCAGAGUCAGGAUCCACAGAAGCCCAAUUCCUCUUUGUUCACUAUCAACCCAGACACUGGGGUCAUUACUGUGGGGGCUGCAGGGCUGGACAGUCAGAAAUAUCCUCAGUACACUCUGGAGGUACAAGCUGCAGACAUGAGAGGACAUGGAUUGACUGGAAGAGCUAAAGUUGUUCUCAAUGUGACUAAAAAUGAUGAAAGUGUUCCUGUGAUUGAUCAGAUCUCUGCAAAGACUGAUCCGUGACCCAGCAAAGAGAACUGGAUUGGCUAUGGUGGGAAAAAAAGAUUUCCGUUUACUUGCUAAUGGACAGCAAGUAAACCACAGAAUCCAACAGAUUCGGUGGUCUUCUCUUGAGUUCUCCUCCUUAUCUUUUAUUUCAUUCCACCAGAUGAACCAACCCCUCACCGUGCAGCUGCAGUAUACCUAAAGCGCAUGUCUGUGAUGCAACUGAUUGAAAGUUCAUUUUUGUCUUUGGAGCUUUAUGCUUUUGAAGGUUGAUCUGUCUUUGCUGUUUCUAAUCAGUGCUGUUCUCUUUCACAUAUCAAAUAAAAUGUUGGUGGGGCAUAAAUAGUGGAAUCACAUUAUUAUUAAUAUUUGGGUUUUUGGUGGAGUAACAUGUCUACAUUUAUGAAUAUAUCAAAUCUUAAAUCUGAAACUUUUUGGUUGCUGAUGUGCUGUCAAUAAACAUUGAUCUGCUUUAA